GUCUCUCAGGCUGGCUGGUUGGUGAACCUGUGACCUAUGCAGGGUUGUCUUGGCUAAUGGUCCAGGGGCUGUGUUCUUCUAGGAGGGUAUGCCUGUAUCCCACCAUGCCGCUGCUGUCAGAAUGGCUGCUGUGCCACUCCUUGGUGGCAUGCCUGCUGCUGCAUAGUCUGGUACUCAGCUCCACCACCGCGGGCCUCCACGGGGCGAACACCGGCUGCUCCGAGAGCUGCUACUGCUCCGAGUCUGCAGAUGGCGGGAGGGUGGUGCGCUGCAGCAACAUGCGCCUGGCGGAGGUGCCGCAUAACCUGCCUAACGACACCCGCCGACUUUACCUGGACGGUAACCUCCUCACCACCAUCCCCGCCGACGCCUUUGCGGGGCUUCCUUUACUCAACGAGCUGGACCUCUCCCACAAUGAGCUAACUCAGAUGGAGCCGGGGGCCUUCCGGGGUCUGGUCCCCUCUCUCAGGAGCCUGGACCUGUCCUCUAACAGACUGACCACCCUGGAGCCAGAGGUCCUGGGGGGCCUGAGGGCCCAGGCCAACCUCACCCACAACCCCUGGCACUGUGACUGCCGCCUCCAGGUGGCUAUGCCCCGGCUGGACCUGGAACCGGCCUCACUGGCUGGCGUGGUAUGUCACACUUCGGAGCCCAAGGAUGUCGGCGUAGAUACAGGGGUGCCCUUCGUCAUGGUGGCUGCCGACCUGGACCUGUGCGCAGGGCUCAAGAGGACCACGGACGUGGCCAUGCUGGUGACCAUGUUCGGCUGGUUCGCCAUGGUCAUCUCCUACCUGGUGUAUUACGUCAGGCACAACCAGGAAGACGCACGGAGACACCUGGAGUACCUCAAGUCCCUUCCCAGCAAACUGGACAGACCAGAGGAGUCCUCUACACUGAGCACAGUGGUGUGAGAAGUAAAAUACCAGACCUGGGUCAAAUGCGUUUUGUCAAGUACUUUCAUAUUCUGAAAAUGAGCAUGAUUGAGCUUGAUUGUUGUGCAAGGAGGUCGCGUUUGCACUUUUGGGACGAUUCUAUUGUAGUCGGUAAGCUAAAUCAAGCGAACCUGUAGUAUUUAAAGUAUUUGACAUAUAUUUACCUAAGUCAGGUGGCGACAAAGGAAAUAACAGCCAAACACCUCAAAAGGAUCAAAAAAGGAAAUGCCCAAACUUGGAAAUAGACCGGGAUACUAGUGUACUGUACAAGUUUUCAACCUGUUCAUCACCAGUAAUCCAUUGGAAACACAAUACCUCACGGUAACAUUUCAUUCAAACAAAUUCAUACUCUUUGAUAAAUUAAGGCCAUUAAAUUAGACUUUUUUUUUCACAUAGCUGUUUGUUGAAUGAAGUAGGGAAUUAUUUUACACAUACAUUUGUGAAUAUUCUACAUGUGCAAGUCAGUCUCAGUCUUUGUAAGAUACUCUGUAUUUGAAAAUGAUUUAAUUCCAACAAGGUUUUGAACGAUUGUCAAAUGCAUAACUAUUUCACAAUGGACUGCCGAGAGCACCGUUUUGUUGUUAUUCAGGAAUGCAUGACGUCAUCAAAUGUCCGCAUAAUGGUGAUAAUACUGUGCUUGGCAGUAUAACAGAGACUGCAUUGUUCUUCCAGCAGCUGCACUCAUUGAAUGUUGGAUCUUUAUUUGCUGGAUGAGAAGCCCCAUGUAAUUGUCAAACAUUUUACCAUUAUGAAUAAUUGACAGACCGUAGUGCACGAUGGCAAAACUAGUUUAGAAAUAUGAAUUGCACAACUUCAAUCAGUGGGUCCAAAAAGUUAUUUUUUUAAGAAAAAGUUCACUGUCUGAAGUCUUAUUUCAAUUUCCUCCAAGCCUCAUGAAUUCCUUUGAUCUCACUAACACGUAUGUCUUUUAGAAUUAUUAAUCUGCUUUAGGGACAGACUGCACUAAAUAUGGCUUCUGACACACACACAGACACACACACACACACACACGCACACACAAACACACACACACACGACUAAUGGCCACAUAGCACACAGUAAAACUUCACACCCUCAGGCUGUAAGAAAAAUGAUGGAUUUGACCCUUGCUCAACGUUUGGAAACUGGGCCUGCCAAUGGGAUCACCCCUGGCCACAUUAUGUCGUAGGAUGGGAACAAAUACAGAAUGGUGUUUUCCUGUCCUACUGGAACUAUUAAAACCCUGCCCCUUGACCCUGGUACAGUAUCUAGCCACAGUCUGUCUGCUUCCUGUCUGUCUUAGGUGCUCACUUGUGGAGGAUGGGAACCUCUCUCUCCCUUGCGUUUAUCUGUCACCCUGAGCUCUUAAUGACCAUGGGAACAGACACACCACCAAUCUGAUGCUGAACCCUGAAGGUCCCUCUCACGCACGAACACACGCACACAAAUAAAUAUAGUUUACAUAAUUAUACACUAUAGCCUGUUCAAUCUUUAAAAUGUCAGUCAUGAGUCUUACCAGACUCGGAUACAUUACCCUCAUUAGCAUGUGUUUAUUUGCAUGGACAAAUGAACUCACUCAUAUUACCAUACAUCCUGUAAUAGGAGAAUGUUUGUACAUGGGUGCUAUUUAAGCAAUAUACCAGGGAUAAGGGCUGUCCUUAGGCACGACACAGCCCUUAGCCUUGGUAUAUUGGCCAUAUAUCACAAACUCCCGAGGAGCCUUAUUGCUAUUAUAAACUGGUUACCAAAGUAAUUAAAGCAGUAAAAAUAAAUGUUUUGUCAUACCCGUGGUGUACGGUCUGAUAUACCACGGCUUUCAGCCAAUCAGCAUUCAGGGCUCAAACCACCCAGUUUUUAAGAGUGCUAAACAUUAUCAUAUUGGUAGUCUGACCUCGCCUCGUAGCUGAACAUCAACUCUCUCACUCUCUCUCCUGGAUGUAAGGCAGGCUUGAUAGGUGACAUUCAAACAGUGUCCAGGUGUCUGAGGACAACCCUGUCAACACUGUCACUGAAACCACAGUCAUUGCUCUGCUCCUCAGUUACACCCUGUAUUAAGUGAGAAGGCUUUCUCUCAGGAGAAGGAAACGCAAAUGUCUUAUCUUCAUUUUUAAAUGCCGUGUCCUCUGGGAAAUUAAGACAUUUCCUGACUGCUUUUGAUUGUAAAGUGUAAAGUGGCUUAUUGUCUUGUAUUUAGACCUACUGUAGUCAAUUGGAAGGUAUUGUUGUUUAAUAAGAACUGAGGACUCAUUUGCAUUGUGUUAGUCGAAUAGCUCAUACUCCUGAAAAGUAGAAGAUGGGUAUAGGAACACACACACACACACACACACACACUGCUUCUGAGCUCAUAUCCAACACUUUCAGAGUUACUAAACUCUCUCCUCCCCAGCUGGUUAAUUGCAGGUGAAGGGAACAAGUCCUCUCAGUCCAUCUCUCUGAAUGAGCUUUGUUGUUUCACUGAUUACUUCUGCAAUGCAACACUCGCUCCAUUGUUUACAAAAGGAAGAUAAUACGCAGCAGAGAGAAUAACGCUUUGGUUUGCAGCUCCUGAUUAGAUCUCAUAACUUUUGUUCUCUGUCUCGCUCAUUUCCUAAAUUGCUUUGUGUUCUGUUUGCUUGAUUUCACCUCUGUAAUCAAGUCCACUAAUUGCUUCUAAUUUCAAUCUCCAGCUGUGUAUGAUAUUAUGCGGCAUCGAAGGUUUUAAAAAAUAUAUAUCAUUCUCUGAAAGGAACUGUCUCUCUGUGGGAGUUGUAAAGGGGCUCCACGCUUGGUGCAGCAUUAUCUUAUUUCUUCAGAUGCAUUCCUAAAGCCCCUGGUUAGCCCACUGACUAGCUAGCAGCAUGAACACCUGCAUCCAGUCAGUGUGGUGCAGUCAGUGGGGCUGCUAACCUGUGUGUGUGCGUGUGUGCGUGCGUACGUGCGUGCGUUUACGCUCUCUCCAUUGGUGUUCUGAGAGGCACUGAUUCUCUAUGUGCUGUUGUCUGAGAUGAACUGUUUGUGUGUAUUAUCUCAGAGUUUGUACAUCGUAGGCUUUCGUGAAUGGCUGUGUAUUUGUGUUAAUGCCUUUGAUGGAACUUGUAUUUGGUGGUGUUUGUAUUGGGAGAUUACAUGUCAAAAUACAGCUUGUUCUUUAUUUAUGAUGUGAGCUUCAAGGAAUGAGUGUGUGUGGUUUAAACUGAAAGUGUGUGUGCGUGCGUGCGUGCGUGCGUGCGUGUGUGUGUGUGUGUGUGUGUGUGUGUGUGUGUGUGUGUGUGUGUGUGUGUGUGUGUGUGUGUGUGUGUGUGUGCGUGUAUGGUGGGUGUGUAUGUGUGUCUGUGGGCGUGCGUACCCACCCUCUAAAUGGGUAACCUUGCCUGGGGCAGUGUCACCACUGGGAGCUUGGCUGACCGCAGAAGCCAAAUCAUAUCCUGCCACAGCCUCCUGCAGAACAAAACCCACUCCAGCUGGUAAGCGAGCCCACUUUGUCCCCACAUCACUAAUGCCAUGCUUUAGCCUAGAUUGAUGUUAUACUUACAUUGUUCCCUAGCCAACGAAGAAGGAACAAGUCUUGAAAACGGAAUCAAGGGUAACACCCAGCCUUGGCUAAGGCCUCCCAUUAUCUUUUCUGUCCACCUACAAUUACUGAAUGGAUGAGCGCUCUGACCUCAUCUCUCUCUCUCUCUCUCAGCCUUGCAUUUAGACUGAAUGUUGUAUUUACUGCAUGGUAGAACUGCAGACUCAAGGCUACAGCUCCCAGGUUGGUAUAAUGACAGGUCUGUGUAAUAAUGAGCUUGGUCCACACUUCCCACACACUGUGGUAGCUGCUGUUCUAGUCUGUGGCAUUCCAUCCUCUUUGAUAGAUACAUGUAAAAUAGCUAAUCUAAUCAGAAUGGCCAGUGUAGUGUAGGGCUAGCCAGCCACUUAGCAAUUCAGAUCUAAUUUUGCCUGAAGCAGCUGAAUAUCCUCAAAUUGGUAGUAAUUUAAUUUUGGUUCCGCAAAUGAUUACAAAAUAAUAAUUUGCGUACUUGCAGCGUUAGGUUUUUGUGAAAGUGGCAGGAUUAGUAAUAGCAAAGGAAGGAUUACCUUUCUUGUCAAAGGUAUGGGAAGGGGAAUAGAAUGAAGGCUGUCACUCACUGCAAUUUCCAAGUGAAAAGCACGAGUUGACACACACAAACACAAAUGUUUGUGAAGGGGCUGACUAACCAUGAGUAAGCAGUAAAAAAAUAUAUAUAUAUAUAUAUAUAUUUAUAGAAAGAAAGAAAGUUGCACACUAUAUGCUCCCAACAAUUGAAUGGGUUAACCUAACCUACUGUGAAGGCCUCUCCCCGCUCUGUCUACUGGGUGUUGCUGUGCUUACUUCCUGCAGUAGAUUGGUGGGCGGAGCUGGGAGGGUCAGUCAGUGCUGAUGGGGCACACCUGUGACAGCUCAGCUGUGACAUAAAACCACUGUUUUCCUUAUUCAGCUAGAGAGAUUCCUCUCUCCAUGCAUGCCUUUGGUUGUUUAGUUGUGGUUUCAGCAGUUGACUCCUAAUUUAUAUCUGUCAUGCCUCAUCUGAUUAUUAUUGUGAGUGUUUACUUUAUUUAUGGAAUAAAUUCAUUUUGUUAUU